CAUGGAUUAUCACUACUCUCAUCAUAAACCAAAGUAUUAAACAAGAAAAGAAGUUUGAGAAAAAGAGAGAGAGAGAUAUCAUGACUACUACUCCAGAUUGGAUCAUGAUUGGAGGAGAUGGUCCUGAGAGUUACAACCAACAGUCCUCGUAUCAGAGAGCGUUGUUGGAAGCUACAAAAGACAAGAUGACCGAGGCUAUCUCAGCCAAUCUCGACCUAGACUUGAUUUCGAAUCGCUUCAUUGUAGCGGAUUUCGGUUGUGCGAGUGGACCUAACACUUUUGUGGCAGUUCAAAACAUAAUAGAUGCGGUAGAAGAAAAGUACCGUAGAGAAACCGGACAAAACCCCGAUGAUAACAUCGAGUUCCAAGUCCUAUUCAACGACUUCAGCCUGAACGAUUUCAACACUCUCUUCCAGACACUUCCUCCAGGGAGAAAAUACUUUAGCGCUGGGGUUCCUGGUUCCUUCUUUGAACGUGUUCUUCCGAAGGAGAGUUUCCACAUCGGAGUCAUGAGUUAUGCAUUCCAUUUCACUUCCAAAAUCCCCAAAGGAAUCAUGGAUCGCGACUCUCCCUUGUGGAACAAAGACAUGCAAUGCACCGGGUUCAACCCAGCUGUCAAGAAAGCGUACCUUGAUCAGUACUCUAUUGACACCAAAAUUCUUUUGGAUGCUAGAGCUGAAGAGCUCGUACCCGGGGGAUUGAUGUUGCUUUUAGGAUCUUGUCUAAGAGACGGAGUUAAGAUGUCCGAGACCCCUAAAGGAACUGUCAUGGAUUUUAUUGGAGAAUCACUUAUUGAUCUUGCUCAACAGGGUGUCACCGAGCAAGAAAAGGUGGACACAUUCAAAACCUCAAUUUACUUUGCAGAGCAAGGCGAGAUAAGGCAAAUCAUUGAAGAGAAUGGGAAGUUCACAAUCGAGCUUUUCGAGGAUAUCAUUCACUCUAAGAAUGAGUUUCCGCUAGACCCCAAGACAUUGGCCAUCUCUUUCAAGGCCUUCUAUGGUGCUUUCAUUUCCGCACAUUUUGGAGUCGAAGUCAUGAGGAAAGCCUUUGAGCUUGUGGAGGUCAAGGCACGCGAACAGAUUUCUCGCCUACAUAAUGCCAAAGACGGAAUGCAGUACCUCAUCGUGCUUCGCAAGAACUAAUCCGUGAUCGAAAUAUAUUGAUAAUGUGAUUUCCUCCAUUGUUGCUUCUCUUCUUUCGUCGAUCUCAUGGUGCAUUGUCGUCUUUUUCUUCUUGCUGUUUUGUCUUAGUGUCUUUGUAUGAUCUCCCCUAUUAUACAAGUGAAUAAAACUUCAAUUUACGCAUAUA